UAUGAGCCCGUUGUCACAGGGAGCCAUGACAGAAACAAGCCUAGGAAUUUCCGGUGUGGUGUCGACAAUCCUAAAAAGUGCUGCAGCAGGUUUUGCGUUUGGAGAAGCUGCAGUAUUUGCAGUUGAUUCCACACUGACUGAAGAUGGCAUCCUGUUGAAUGCUGCAACUGUGGCAGCCCGUCGAACCAGUUCCACAGGUGUCGGGGUAGUCACGGCGUGCCUCGUGUUCACCUCAGCGCUCAUUUCUCUGGGAAGUGGUUUCCUCCUUGCUGCCAUGGUGAUGAAGCUGUUGACCAGAGUUGGAGUGAGGCUGCCGUGGUUAGUGGAGGCCAUAACUGGGGCCUCUGUUGUGGUGGGUGCUGUCGCUACUGGAGUGUUAGUGGGCAUCCUUCCACCAUGGAUCUACGUUGCGGCCCAAGCUGUUCUCGUCCUUGUAGUCUACUCAUACUCUAAUAUUAACGACAUGACCACAGCUCUGUUAAUCAUCUUCACCACUCUCUAUCUCAGUGUUGUAUACGGUAGGAUGGGUGUCCUACUUGGACUCUUCAUCAUGGGAUUGACUAUCAGUGUCCUUUGUGCCCUACGAAGGGCCCUGACAGAGAGGAUGAUACAAAAACCACAAUCUAAGACCGGGUGCCAACUGCUGGAGAGGAUAUUUUUCUAUUCUGUUUGCGUGGGAAUUCUGGGAUUUUCAGUGGGUUUAGUGGCAGGUGAGGCAGGAGAAGGGUCAGAGGCAGAGGUGGUUUUGAUUCUGAAGUCUGUCCUCUGGGUGGCGUUUCUGUCUGCAGGGCUGCUAGGAGCUGGCCUGGGAACGGUGGCCAUGGUUGGGCUUGGGCCAGAGGUGGCUGGGAAGGUCUCUUUGGGAGCUGCUAUAAUAUCAUCAGUGUCCUUGAGAGCUAUUCUGCAAUCAAGCUCUUCUAUAGGGGCCCGCAGCAGCAUGGGGGCAACGUUAGGAGCAGCUACAGCAGCGGGGGUGUCACUUGGAGCUGCAAGUGUAGCAGCAAAACAAGCCUUCGGAUCUAGAAAUUCAGCUUUAACAGUUUUAGGCUCCGUUGCUGUCAGUGCAGUUCUGGCCACACAAGGUGUAGGACUGAAAGCCACUCUGCUGACAACAUCAGAACUUAUAACCAUCACUCUUGUUGCAGUGGGGGCAUUUGUUUUGGGUGCACCGAAGAGCCCGUUCCACACUCAAGUGAAUCUACAAAGGGGCCUUCUCAUGGGCUCAGAGCUAAUUAAAGAAAUCGGCAUGGAGACAGUCACCGCAGCAGCAGCACCUAUUGGAGCUGGGGCACUUGGGGCUGCAGCGUUAGGCACCGCAGCUCUUGGGAGACUGGGGACUGUGGGAGUUCUGGUGGCUAUAUUGUUGGCUUUGGGAAGUACACUGAGUGGCAUGACAGGAAAAUCACCACCGACAACAAGUGCACACAGAGACUGACCUGCUGGUCACUACAAUAAUGUCCCCGAACACAAGGCCAAACACUUUGUGAGUCUAAGGAGACAGUUUGCGUGGAUUUCCACGCGCAUGUAUGUAUGUACAUGUAGUUGCAUUGCUGCAUGUGUACACUGCAAAAAGUAAAGUUUUACGUUACUUAAAAUUUUGCCCAUUAUGUGAUGCUCUUUUUCAGAUUUUUUUUGUUCGUUUGUUUUUAACAUAAAAAUCCUUUUUACCAUUGUUCAAACCUGACAGUUGUGUCAUGUACAUGUAUUAUUGUCACUACCAGUAUUUGAUAAACAGGUGAGAAAUGUUAACCUGGUGUGUUUAUUCACUGAUACACUGAUCCCUGAGAAAACACAGGACUCAUUACCAUUAAACACCAGAGAAUGAAAUAAAUU